AUGACAAACUCAUCAGAUGAAGAGGCUGAUUCACGCACAGCCCUAGUUGGCGCACCACGCACUCGGUCGAAUCCGCGUUCCACUUUGCGCUCCGCAUCGCACGACAGCACCCGCCCGGCCAAGAGACAACGCCGCAACAGAAAUAAGAAGGACUCAGAUCUUGCAGACUUUGUUCCAAAGGGUGUUGCAUUUAGUUCCAUAUCCUUGCCAGUGGAUGAUCCAGACAACACAUCUAGCUCUGGAUCUAGUUCAGCCUCAAGUGAAGAUUCCGAUUCUGACGCGGACCCAACCGCUAUCGUAAACCCACACGCCGGCAACACCGCGCCUGCGAUUAGCUGGAACCAGGGUCGGAAGGCUGCAGUGCGCACAACGCUUGGAAAACGAUCGGCACCAACAAGCGAGAAGCCUACUCAAUCUGAAGCGGUGAAUGACAAAUAUUGGCGCAGUCGCAGUGCGUCUGUUUCCGCCAAUGGUGAAGACAAGCCCGCCACAAAUAACCAAUCUCAGAUUGAUGAUGAGCUGGAAGAUGGAGAAAUUGAUUCCAAGAGUGACACAGAGGAUUCAGAUUCUCUUGGUUCUGAAGCCGAUGAUUCUAUCCUGCUGAAUAUAGGGGAUAAGAUGGGAAUAGAUAGUGCCAUUGACUAUGAUCCUGCCACUCUGGCUCAUCAGCAUGGUUCCACCACUGGAAACUCAAAUCUGAAAGGCGCAUCUACACAAAUUGGACCUGGGUCCAAAGAGGAAGCGUUCCGGCUUUUCUCAAUCAAAUAUCCAAAUGCGCCCAUUGCUUUGGUGGAUCUAAGCCAGACAGACCUUGAGAUCCUUGCGAAUGUGAACACUGUGGUGCCUGGAAUCAGCACCAAAGUAGUACAUGUCCCGACUGGCGACGUUGCCAACGAUGCCGCGAACGUGGCCAUGACGAGCCGCAAUGCAGUGCAAAGCUACGCAAUUUCGCACACGAAGUGCCCUGUGACUACUGUGGAAAUGAGCACUUGGAAACCGAAUGCGACUCUCUGUGGAGGUUCCCAAUCAGGGAUCUUCACUCCAACCAAGUCAUAG